AUGGAUAUCAGCUCAGACUCGAAGAAGGGCUCUAUAUCGGGCAAGCAACCCGGAGAGGGCAGGCCCAUCCAACCUGUCACUUCGAGCUGCUCGAAAGCCGCGGAGGCGGCACAGGAGCAGCAAAGGUCGCGCAACAUGGCAACAAUUGCCGACGAUGACGACCGCCUGCUUGUGCGCAUUGGGUACACACCGGUCCUCCAACGACACUUUUCAAGGUGGUCAACAGUAUCAUAUGCGAUCUCGAUUCUAGGAGUACUGGGUUCGGUGCCAGCGACUUUUGGAAGCCCGAUGAGCUCUGGAGGGCCCGCUACCGCGGUAUGGGCGUGGUUCAUAGGCAGUAUCAUGGCAUACUGUAUAGCGAGUUCAGUGGCGGAAUUGGUAUCGGCCUACCCUACAGCUGGAGGAAUGUACUACGUCACAAAACAUGUGGUUCCCAAGGACCACGUAGCACCAUGGGCGUGGAUUAUCGGAUGGUGCAAUUUCCUCGGCCAGGCGGCAGGCGUGGCGAGUCUGGCGUACACCAUCUCCCAGAUGAUACUGGCCACGGCUGUUAUACACACGUUCGAUAAAGGGGAAGCGGCGUUUACCCCAACUGCCUUGCAGACAGUCUUGCUCGCGAUAUUCGUUUUGUGCUUGUUUGGAACAGUUUGCUCGUUCCCCACGGUAUGGCUGCACGAGAUCAUUCUCUGGUUUGCCCCUAUCAAUAUUAUUGCGUCGAUCUGUAUCUGCAUCGCUCUCCUCAUCCUCACACCGGAAAAGCAAAGCGCAAAAUGGGUCUUCACCGAGUUCAUGGAUGGUUCCGGCUGGGGCAGCAAGGGAUUCUCCUUCCUCCUUGGCUUUCUCUCUGUUGCGUGGACGAUGACCGACUAUGAUGGUACUACACACAUGUCAGAAGAAACGCACGAUGCGGCUAUUCGAGGCCCCGUCGCUAUCAGAGCCGCGAUUCUCGUCUCCGGAGUUGUAGGCUGGAUGCUAACAGUGACCUUCUGCUUCUGCAUGUCAGACUACGACGCCAUCAUGGCGUCGCCAACUGGGCUGCCGGUCGCACAAAUAUUCUUCAAUGCCGGCGGAAGAACUGGGGGAACCGUCAUGUGGUUUUUCGUCAUCCUGGUCCAGUGCUUCACCGCUUGCGCUGCGAUGCUGGCGAACGCGAGAAUGGCUUGGGCCUUUUCUCGCGAUGCCGCCUUUCCUUUCUCAGACUUCUGGAGUAAGGUCAACCCUAUCACGCAUACGCCGGUAAACGCGGUCUGGCUCGUCGUCGCCUUCUGCAGCUGCCUCGAUUUGAUCGGAAUCGGAAGCACCUUGACCAUUGUGGCCAUCUUCAACAUCACCGCGCCGGCCCUCGAUAUCAGCUACAUCGCAGUCAUCAUUGCGCAUCGAUGGUACGAAGGCAGAGUGCAGUUCUACCCGGGGCCGUUCACCAUGGGCCGGUGGAGCAAGCCCGUCAACGCGAUUGCCGUCACCUGGGUCAUCUUCAUCAGCGUGGUGCUGUUCUUCCCCACGGUCAAGCCGGUUACAGCUACCAAUAUGAACUACGCCAUCUGCGUGGCGGCUUUCAUCGGGCUGUUCAGCAUGGGAUGGUGGUACGCGGGGGCAAGAAAAACGUACACUGGUCCCCGCACAACGGAUACUAUCGACAUGCUUCCCCCCGAGGAUCCCGAGGCUAUCCUUAGCGAUUGUUACGAUAUCCCUUGA